AUGAACACCUGCGUCCGAUUUGACAUCCGAUGGGCCGGUCGACGCCUAACCGCAAACCGUCAAUCACCAGGCUUUCCACUUUCUCCCCAAUCAAUUUUUCAUGGCUACUGCACACGCGGGCUGCUUUUAAUUGGGUCUGGUGUUAUCAGCGAGGUAACCUCGUUGCCUAGAUGGGAUUCGCCUCCUCAGUCGUUGUUUGGAUAUCCUGGCGAUAUGGCGUCAUCAACCUGCCUUCUGCUCCUUCUUGGACUGCAGCUCUUUAUCCUGGUUCCUAUCGAGGCCAAUGACUUUUCCUCCUUUCUGAGUGCCAAUGCUUCGCUGGCCGUUGUUGUGGAUCACGAAUACAUGACCACGCAUGGGGAGAACAUCAUGGCCCACUUCGAGAAGAUCCUAAGCGACAUAAUACGGGAGAACCUGAAGAAUGGUGGCAUAAAUGUGAAGUAUUUCAGCUGGAACGCAGUGCGAUUGAAGAAAGAUUUCUUGGCCGCCAUUACGGUGACGGAUUGCGAGAAUACUUGGAAGUUUUACAAGAACACUCAGGAGAAUUCCAUCCUACUGAUCGCCAUCACAGAUUCCGACUGUCCUCGACUUCCUCUCAACCGAGCUCUGAUGAUCCCCAUAGUUGAGAAUGGCGAUGAAUUCCCUCAAGUCAUUCUAGAUAUCAAAGUUCAGCAGAUCCUCAACUGGAAGACAGCUGUGGUUUUUGUGGACCAAACCAUAUUGGAUGAAAACUCAAUGCUGGUGAAAUCAAUUGUCCACGAAAGUACCACCAACCACAUCACUCCCAUUUCCCUGAUCCUCUACAAAAUCAAUGACUCCCUCAGGGGCCAACAGAAGCGAGCUGCCCUUCGCCAAGCUCUGUCCCAGUUCGCUCCCAACAAGCACGAGGAGAUCCGCCAGCAGUUCCUAGUGAUAUCCGCCUUCCACGAGGACAUUAUCGAAGUAGCCGAAACCUUGAACAUGUUCCACGUGGGCAACCAGUGGAUGUUCUUUGUGCUGGACAAGAAGCCGCAGAACUUUGACGCCAGCGCAGUGACCAUAAAUCUGGACGAGGGCGCCAACAUAGCCUUCGCCCUUAACGAAACCAAGCCCGACUGCCAGGACACACUAAACUGCACUAUCACUGAGGUAAGUCUUGCUUUGGUGACCUCCAUUUCCAAGAUGACCGUCGAGGAGGAGUCCAUAUACGGCGAGAUCUCCGACGAGGAGUGGGAGUCCAUUCGCUUUACCAAACAGGAGAAGCAGGCCGAGAUCUUGGAGUACAUGAAGGAAUACCUAAAGGCCAAUGCCAAGUGCUCCAGCUGCGCAAGAUGGCGCAUAGAAACCGCCAUAACCUGGGGCAAAAGUCAGGAGCAUCGCAAGUUCCGCACAGAUCCCACACGGGAUGCCAAGAAUCGCAACUUCGAGUUCAUCAACAUUGGCUACUGGAGUCCCAUGCUGGGAUUCGUCUGCGAGGAACUGGCCUUCCCGCACAUAGAGCACCACUUUCGCAACAUCACCUUGGACAUUGUGACCGUGCACAACCCUCCUUGGCAAAUCCUCACCAAGAACAGCAAUGGGGCCAUCGUGAAGCAUUCGGGCAUAGUCAUGGAGAUCGUCAAGGAGCUCAGUCGUGCCCUUAAUUUCAGCUACUACCUUCAUGAAGCAGCCUCGUUGAAAGAAGAGUAUUUUCUUAGCUCGUCAGCAAACACCAAUGAAAGCGAUGAGUUGGUUGGCUCGAUGACAUUUCGAGUUCCCUACCGCGUGGUGGAGAUGGUCCAGAACAAUCAGUUCUUCAUCGCCGCCGUGGCAGCCACCGUGGAGGAUCCCGACCAGAAGCCCUUCAACUACACCAUUCCCAUCAGUGUGCAGAAGUACUCCUUCAUCACCCGCAAGCCGGAUGAGGUGUCCCGCAUUUAUCUGUUCACAGCGCCCUUCACCAUGGAGACUUGGCUCUGCCUGGUGGGCAUCAUCCUGCUGACGGCUCCUAUGCUGUAUGCCAUCAAUCGUCUGACGCCUCUAAGGGAAAUGCAAAUUGCUGGAUUGUCCACGCUGAAGAGCUGUUUUUGGUACAUAUUUGGAGCUCUUUUACAACAGGGCGGCAUGUAUUUGCCGAAAGCCGACAGUGGCCGCCUGGUGGUGGGCUUCUGGUGGAUCGUGGUGAUCGUCCUGGUGACCACCUACUGCGGCAACCUGGUGGCCUUCCUCACCUUCCCCAAGUUCCAGCCGGGCGUGGACUACCUCAACCAGCUGGAGCGGCACAAGGAUAUAUCAGAGUACGGCCUGCGAAACGGCACCUUCUUUGAGCGGUAUGUGCAGACGAGCUCCCGCGAGGACUUCAAGCACUACAUGUCACAGGCCAAGAUCUACGGCAAUGGCCAGGAGGAGGACAUCGAGGCGGUUAAACAGGGGCAGCGUAUCAACAUCGACUGGCGGAUCAACCUACAGCUGAUCGUACAACAGCACUUCGAGCGGGACAAGGAGUGCCACUUUGCUCUGGGCAAGGAGAGCUUUGUGGACGAGCAGAUUGCCCUGAUUGUGCCGGCGCAGAGUGCGUACCUGCACCUGGUGAACCGCCACAUCAACAGCAUGUUCCGCAUGGGCUUCAUAGAGCGCUGGCACCAGAUGAAUCUGCCAAGCUCGAACAAGUGCAGCGGAAAGGGCGCCCAGCGGCAGGUGACCAACCACAAGGUUAACAUGGACGACAUGCAGGGAUGCUUCCUGGUCCUCCUCCUGGGCUUUACAGUGGCCUUUGUAAGCGGCUGCUUUGAGUUGGGCUAUCGACGAUACCAAGCCAGUCGUAAACGGCGCGAGUUCACUAACUGACCUACGCAGUAUGUGGCUUGAACAGUUUGGAGUUCUAUACUGGUCAUCCAAUAUUAUUUUUAAAUGGAGUUUAUAAAACUUUAUGAAACUCAAAGUAAUUCAAUUGAGAGUUUUCCCACAAAAUACAAAUAAAAUAGAAGUAGUCUAAUAACUUUAAAUAAGUUAAUUGUAACUAAUCUUUCGUUUCUAAACUUGCUGUUUACCCGAACAUUAUUAAGAAGUACUGUAAAC